CGGCCAGUGAUUACCGAGCAUCUCCAACAGGGAGGAGGACUGUUCUGUUUACUAACCGUUCUCCUCCAUGUCAGCUCGGGCACACUGCUUUGGAUGGCUGCAGUGUGAUUACAGUGAAGCACACUGACAGGUCCCCUAGUAAAACACUCCCUGCACACAGUCAACCCUUUGAUCACCCCAGAUGUUAACCCCUUCUUGCCCAGUGCCAUUAGUACAGCGUCAGUGCUUUUAUUUAGCACUGACCAUUGUAUUGGUUUCACUGGGGAUGUCAGUGACACCAAGUCAGUUCCCCCAGUGUCAAAAUGUCCGCUGUAGUCCUGCUAUAAGUUGC